AUGAACCGUUAUUUUCAGUGCGCAUGGGCGAAAAAAGGGAUCUCUCUGCUCUGAUUGCAUUGAGUCUAACCUGUUUAUCCCGAUCGACUAAAUGGUUUGAUAAUCGAGCUAAACAAUAUAUUUGCGUGCCUAGAGAGAUUAUUUAAAACAUUUGUAACUUUAGUGUAAGAAAACAAACAGGUUUAUACUUGAAGAAGUUAUUUACAAUGGUGAAACUGACGCCAGAUUUGAUAGAGCAAUCGAUGCAAUACAUUAAUCCUGUGCGAGACCGCGAAUUAGAUCUCAGAGGAUAUAAAAUACCCACUAUUGAGAAUCUAGGUGCAACCUUGGAUCAAUUUGACACAAUAGACUUUUCUGACAAUGACAUACGUAAGCUCGAUGGGUUUCCGCUACUGAAAAGAUUGAAAACAUUGUUCUUCAAUAAUAAUCGCAUUGUCAGAAUUGCCGAGGGAUUAGAGAAUUGCAUACCAAAUUUAGAGACUCUGAUAUUAACUGGCAAUAUGAUAGAUGAACUUGGAGACUUAGAUCCUCUGAUAUCGAUGAAGAAUCUUAAGAAUUUGUGUUUGCUUCAAAAUCCAGUAUCGGCUAAGCCGCAGUACAGACAGUACGUUAUAUACAGAUUUCCACAACUGAGAUUGCUCGAUUUUCGAAAAAUCAAGCAGAAGGAACGUGAGGCGGCGAUAGAAUACUUUAGAAGCAAACGUGGCAAGGAAAUGGCACGUGAAAUAGCAAAGAAGGCAAAAGCACAAGCAGCCGGUGCGUCAGCAGAUAAGCCUUUAACUACUCCUGAAGAACGUAACAAAAUUCGUGAGGCAAUCACGAAUGCAUCAUCUUUGGAGGAAGUGCAAAGGCUUAGCAAAUUACUGCAAGCUGGUCAUAUACCUGGUGAGGAACGAUUACAGAAUGGAACUGCAGAACCAAUGGAAGAGGAUGAUGAUUAAAUUUGUUUAUUUCUGUAUGUAAAACACGAAACUUCCUAUUGUAAGUAUUAAGCUAACCAAGAGUACAGUGUAUAUCAUAUAUGAUACUGAUAAGAAGUUGUAUACUACACAGAUGCCAGUAAAAAAAAAACAUUUCAAAAAGAUUUUGCUUUUAUUAAAAAUAAACAUGAUUAAUGUGU